CACAGGUUCCUUUUGCAUCUUUGCGUUAUGUUAUGUAUGAUGUUGGUCGCAAAAUUCGGAUGAGCGAGUGAGUGAGUUGACUCAGAGAAAUGAGCAGCAGCAAGAAGAUGAACCCUCCAGACGGAGAAGAAGACGAAGAAGAACCACUAUCGAAAGCUGCAAGAGCUGUUGAAGAUCUUUACCUCCUCCGAGACACUUAUUUCCCGCUUGACCCUAACGACAGAACCUCGAAGCUCCACCACCAUUCCGAUCUCGCCCUCUCCCUCCUCGAUUCCAUUCCCCCAGAACAAAGAAAAUCGUCUCUGCAGCGUGCAACAUUUGAGUAUCUUAGAGGCAAGAUAUUGGAUGUGUUUCCUGACUAUAGGAAAGAAGCUGAGGAUCAUCUCUCUAAAGCUGUUAAGUUAAACCCAUCUCUUGCAGAUGCUUGGCUAUGUUUAGGUAACUGCAUUUGGAAGAAAGGGGAUUUAUCUGCUGCAAAGAACUGCCUUAGUCUUGCAUUGAACAAGGGUCCUGACAAAAAUAUUCUUUGUCAAUUAUCAAUGCUUAAAAGAAGAAUGUCUCAAGGUGCGGAGAAUCAAGCUGAACUUGUUGAGGAAAGCAUUCAACAUGCCAAGCAAGCAAUCACUUUGGAUGUCAAGGAUGGGAACUCUUGGUAUAAUCUUGGAAAUGCAUGCCUUACAAGCUUUUUUGUCACUGGAGCUUGGGAUCAUAGCAAACUUUUACAUUCCUUAAAAGCAUAUCAAAAUGCCGAGAAAGAUGAAAGAAUGAAGUCCAAUCCAGAUUUAUAUUUUAACAGUGCUACCGUUAACAGAUAUCUAGAGAACUACGAUAGGGCUCUUAGCGGAUUUGAGGCUGCUGCACUAAAGGAUCCAGGACUCAAUGCUUCAGAGGAGGUUCAGAAGAUUGUCAAUUUACUUGACAAGGUGGACAAUCUUUUGAGGGGAAAUUUACGAGCUAAGAGAGUGGCUUCUUUGGCAUCAUCAUUGGCUGCUGUUAAUUUGAACUCAUCACAGAAGAGAGUUACCAUAGACCUCAUGUCAGAGGGUCUAAAUAGAAACGUAGCAGUAGAUGGGAAGGUGCUUUUCUUUCUUAGGAGUGAGUGUGUUGCUCCCCUAUACUAUUUGCUUUGUGAUUCGAAUCAAAUUUGCUUUGUUCUCACAGUUUAUGGUUUACGGAACGAUGUGAUUAAAGAAGGAGAUCAGCUGACACUGCUUGACCCUUUCUUCCGUGAUGUGGACGUGUCCUGGAAGGAAAAGCAUUACCAGUUCAAAUCUAUACGCCUGGAUUUCUAUGAACAAAUGCUUGUAAAUGGAAAAGCUCUGACUCCUCAACAUGCUGUCCGUACAUCAAUAUAUGCGCAACAUAAACCCUGAACUGAAUAGACCAGCGCUGCAUAGAGAUGAUGACGUUUGAAUUGCUUCUGCUGCUUUGGCGGGUUUUGGAUUUUGUAUUCAUUUAGUAAAUAGAUUAGUGGAUACAUGUAUACAGGUGAAUUCUUACCCAAGUCAUGGGCUGAUUUGAAAAUAGAAAAAGGUUACUCUGAGAGGAACAAGAUAGUUUUUGUAUUUGUUAAAUGUGCCAGUUUUAAGAUUAUCUUAUAUUUUUGGUGCUUCAAGACUCGAGGUCAUUGAUUAUCUUGUUACAUGUAAAAAAUAAUAUAAUCUUGCAGAUGCUUUGUUUUGUA